AUGGCUGGCAAAAUCGACGCGUUUGUCGACUGCGUGUCGCCCUACUCGUACUAUGCGACGCUGUAUCUGAGGCGCAAUCGGAAGGCGCUCGAGUCUCAUGGGGUGGAGGUGGAGUUGCACCCCAUCUUCCUGGGCGGCGUGAAUGUUGGCUCUGGGAAUAAGCCCCCAUGGACGCUCCCGGCCAAGGCAGCCUACUCCAAAUUCGACUCCGAGCGGGCAUGCAAGUACUUCGGCGUGCCGCAGAUCAAAACGCCUGAUUUCUUCCCAAUCCUUUCGAUUAUGCCCCAACGGUGUAUGAUUUAUAUCAAGCGCCAUUACCCCCGCGAGCGCUUUGAAACCACAUUCCUAUCACUAUGGGAGUGGAUGUACCACCAGAAUAUCGACAUUAGCAAGCCUGAGCAUCUGGCAGAGCUUCUCAAGUCGCACAACUACUCCGAAAAGGAAAUCAAGGAGAUCUUAGACGCCGCUAAAAGCCCCGAGUACAAGGAAGCAUUGACUGCGAACACGCAAAAGGCGCUGGACCAGGGUGCUUACGGCGCGCCAUGGUUCUGGGUGCGCAAUAAGGAGGGCAAGGAGGAGCCUUUUUUUGGAAGUGAUCGGUUUGCGUUCAUGUGGCAGUACUUGGGCAUCCCGUUCCAGGACGUGACUAUCGUCGAGAAGGCGAAGCUGUAG